GGUACUGAACUAUGGGAAUGUCUGAGAAAUGCUGCAUCUGCCUUCACGAGACCACAGAAGAGUUUGUAUUCCUCAUUCACGCCACAAAAUGAAUCCACGUGUUAUUUGGGCUUCUUUCCAUUUGAUUGCCACCAUUGGUUUUAUUCCAGUGUGUUUGUGUGCCCAGGGGAAAUAUGCAUUCAAGCUGCUGAAUGAUUUAUUCGUGAAUUACACCAGUGCAUUGAGGCCUGUGGAGGACACGGACAACAUCAUUAACGUCACCUUGCAGAUCACUCUCUCCCAGAUCAUUGAUAUGGAUGAAAGAAACCAGAUCCUCACAACAUACUUGUGGAUACGUCAGGUGUGGUUUGAUGCCUACCUCACCUGGAAUAAGACAGACUACGAUGGGCUUGAUACCAUCCGUAUACCUAGUAGUUAUGUAUGGAGACCCGAUAUUGUCCUAUAUAACAAUGCAGAUGACCAGUUCUCCAGCUCUAUGGAGACCAAUGUGGUGAUCCGCCAUGAUGGCCAGAUUAUGUGGGACCAGCCGGCAAUAUCCAAGAGCUCUUGCAAAGUAGAUGUGUCUUUUUUCCCUUUUGAUGCCCAGCAGUGCCGCCUCACCUUUGGCUCUUGGACCCACAACGGCAACCAGAUGGACCUUCACAUUGCCCUGGACAGUGCUGAUCUCUCUGACUUUGUGGAGAACGUAGAGUGGCAGGUUCUGGGAAUGCCUGCUAAGAAGAACGUUAUUCUCUAUGGCUGCUGCUCAGACCCCUACCCAGAUAUCACCUACACACUUCACCUGAAGAGAAGAGCUUCCUUUUAUAUCUUCAAUCUGCUCAUUCCCUGCAUGAUGAUCUCCUUCUUGGCUCCACUGGGCUUCUACCUGCCAGCCGACUCUGGGGAGAAAGUGUCUUUAGGGGUCACAGUGUUACUAGCCCUUACCGUCUUCCAGCUUCUGGUCGCGGAGAGCAUGCCUCCUUCAGAGAACGUGCCACUCAUUGGGAAAUAUUACAUCGCCACAAUGACAAUGGUUACAGCUUCUACAGCCCUGACUAUCUUCAUUAUGAACAUUCACCACUGCGGACCAGAGGCCCAACCUGUUCCUACAUGGGCACGUCGUUUUGUCCUGCGCUACCUGGCUCGGAUUUGCUUCGUCUAUGACAUGGGUGAGGGCUGCCUGUCUGCUCACACAGACAAACCUGCGCAAAAGGGAAGCAGCUGCACUAUAAACGGCCAGGCCAGGGGCGAGGACUUCGCUCUGAGGGUACGAAGCAUUUCAGCCAGUGACGGUUGUUCACAAAAGAUAAAAGAUCAAUUAAAUGAGGAUGUCAGUCCAACCUUAUCACUAAGGCAAGGAAAUGAGUGCCACACUGGCUGGACAGAUGGUUCCUGUGUGGGCAUUGACCAUGGAGAGGUUGCGGGAGCUACAGGAGAGAGAGUGUUGGAGAGCGGAGCGACUGGAAAAGAAUCGGCGAAGAAAAGGGAGAUACUUGUUGAAGGUCAGUGUUUGUGUCAUCAGCAAAGCCUCUUGAGGAAUAUCGAGUACAUCGCUAACUUUUAUCAUGAGCAGAAGGCCACGCAGAGACGAAACGGGGAGUGGCGGAAAGUUGCCAAAGUCAUGGAUCGCUUCUUUAUGUGGAUAUUUUUCAUCAUGGUCUUCCUGAUGAGUUUGCUUAUUAUAGGGAAAGCUGUCUGAAUGCUUGAUAUGAAAGACACCAGGGGCCUCAUGCAUACAGUAAAUGUCGGCGCAGGUCUAACGAAUGAAAAGGUUUGCAAAUGCAAAAAUUGAAAUAAAAAGAGAAAAUAUCACCAACACAGAUUGAACUCCCUUGUGAAAAAGAAGUGCGCUCAAUUGUAUUGAAUGUACAGAAUGUUCAGAUCUUAA